CUUGUUUCCAGAACAGACAGGAUGUAGAAUGGAAUUCAGUACAAGGCUCAUUUAUUCCCGGUUAAAGGCUAUAAACUUAUGUCAAGAUUUUGAAUAGCUGGGUGUCCAUGUUCCACUUCAUCAAAGAGAGAGACGGUGAAGCCAAUUUACUGCAGAAACGGAGCUCAUAUCAAAUGCCAUGAAUUUCUUACGGAGACGUUUUAGUUCAGGCGAUCUCCAGGGCGAAUUGAAGGACCGAGAGGACAAUGCCACUAUUCUAAAUUUUAAAAAAGGGCCUUCGCCCAGCGCACCAAGUUCUCCUUCUCGAUCUACAAGUGCAGGGAUCUCUCAUCCAAGUGUCAAUAAACCAUAUAAUAAAGAUCGAUGUAAGAUUCUGCUGGUUGUGGAUGAUCCCCACACAGACUGGUCUAAGUAUUUUGUCGGAAAGAAAAUUUUUGGCGACUGGGAUGUCAGAGUAGAGCAGGCAGAAUUUAGUGAAAUCAAUUUGGCCUCCUAUACAGAUACCGGAACCAUGGUAGACAUCAAAGUUACAAGGAAUGGAACAAAGGUCGUCAGGUCAUUCAAACCAGACUUCCUGCUGAUCAGACAGAGUGUAAGAGAUGCAUGUGAGGACUGGAAAAACAUUCUAUUAGGAUUUCAGUACGGCGGAAUUCCGAGUAUUAACUCUUUACAUUCUAUUUAUAACUUCCAGGACAGACCAUGGGUGUUUGCUCAGUUGAUUCGAAUACAGAAGAAGCUUGGGAAAGAGAAUUUCCCUUUGGUUGAGCAAGCGUACUACCCAAAUCAUCGUGAAAUGCUUAUCACACCUAAAUUUCCAGCUGUUGUUAAAAUAGGACAUGCUCACUCAGGUGUUGGAAAGGUCAGAGUAGCUAACCACUAUGAUUUCCAGGACAUCGCCGGCGUGGUGGGGGUCAGCCAUUGUUACUCCACGACAGAGCUGUAUGUGGAUACACUCUAUGACAUUCAUAUCCAGAAGAUUGGCAACAAUUAUAAGGCUUAUAUGAGGAAAUCCAUAUCUGGCAAUUGGAAAGCGAACACAGGAUCUGCCAUGCUCGAACAAAUAGCAAUGAAUGAAAGAUUUAGAUCGUGGGUAGACGAGUGUAGUUUAAUGUUCGGGGGACUGGAUAUGUUAGCGCUGGAAGCAGUACAAGGAAAAGAUGGAAAAGAAUACAUCAUUGGCCUUAAUGACUCGGCGAUGACUUUACUUGGAGAAAGUCAGGAAGAAGAUCGAAAACAUAUUGUAGAUUUAGUUCUGGCAAAAAUGCAACACUGCCUGAAACCUACACCGUCUCUAAGGGCAGUCAGUCGAGCUAUCAGUACAAGUGGUAUUAUGCACAAUUACAUGAACGGAAAUAGAGAGACACCUUCCUCUGCUCACCAUGACCCUCCCCCGCGACCCUCCCCACCGCAGUCUUCCCAGACUCCGCAACACCAACAGCAACAUCACCAACAACCGCAACAACAUCAGCAACAGCAGCAACAACAAAGGCAUAAUGGACCUACACCGCCGAACCACCCAGCCCAGUUUUCUAUUGGCGGAGCCUCGGCCAGGGGAACUUCCACCGAUGAAGAAGACACCAUGAAAAACUUAAGAAAAACUUUUGCUGGAAUAUUUGGAGACAUGUAGUUUAAAACUAUCUGUAGUCAGUUUAAAACGAGCAGGACAGGUUAUGUAUCAUCCUCAUUGAAUAGCAAUGAUUUUACGCGCGUGUUCACGAGUACACAAUUGUCGCAGUAAAGGGAGUGCCACUGUAGUGUAAUGUUUCGUAGUACCGUUAAUGAGUAGGUGUCUGACACCUCUAACGCUCUCAAUCAGUGACUUAUUUACAGGACUUUCUAGACAUUAUAAGCCUAUUACUGUAAAGUAGUCCUUUUAAGUUUUAAUGCGAUAUUUAGUCGUUUUAGUCUUAAAACUUUGUCUUUACCGUUAGUCCACCGAGUUCUUAAAACCUAUAUCGGCUAGAAGAUGGGCAAAAAAUAUUCUAUACAGUUUAUGAUCGAGAUAGAUAUGGUAUUUUUGUGAGUUCUAGAAUAUCAUUUGUUGCGGAAUAACGUCUGUUCCUUCCUAGCAUAAUUAGCUUGAUAAACGCGAUCCAGAGUAAUGUAUAAUUUCAGUUUAAAGAUUUAAAUUUUUCUAACAUUAAUAACUUUUUUCUCUUCAUUUUUUUCAGUUGUAGACGGGUUGUUUUUCAACUUUUAAAAUCUAUUGUGAAAAGGACAAAUCAUUUUGAAUUUGGCAACUGGUAUUUUAUGUCAAUAAGUUGGAAAAAAAUAAUUCGGAAAUACAUUUUUUGAUGAAAAAGUCUCUGUUUGUAGC